GCACAAGUACCGAUGAUGUCACAUAAUGGUUCAGUGCCUCCUAUUUUUGUGCCUCCUGGAUAUGCUCCACAGGUUAUUGAAGACAAUGGUGUCCAACGGGUUGUAGUUCUUCCCCAAACAUCAGAAUUUCCUCCUGGGAAUCAGGCAGUAUUACAGCAGCCUCCUCCCCCUCCCUUGCCUGGCUUCAUUCCUCUUCCAACCAUGAUCCCUUCUUCACCGCAUCGCCUAUACUCACCAAUUACUGGAUCUGGUGAUACAACUACUCAGUAUAUUCCACAGUAUCUCAUUACCCAGUUAUAUGGAGAUUCAGAUGCGGUAUCAACCCAUGGAAGGUCCACUUUUAGAGAUGAGCGAUCUAGUAAAACUCAUGAACGAUUACAGAAAAAGUUAAAAGAUCGACAUGGUACACAGAACGAUAAAUUAGAAAGUCCUUCUUCAUCACCUCAGAAAUGCCUUUCUCUCACUAAAGGGUACAAUGGAUUUGCAACAGGAGAAGAAUCCACUGAUAUAAGCACGCGACAUGCAAGGAGUAACCUUUUGGGGGAAAGAAAAGGCUGUUCUGUUCAAGUGGAAGAAAAAGAUGAAGAAACAAAAGCAUUGGAAGUGCUUCUUUCCAACAUCAGCAAGCCUACGAUGGAAGAUAUUCAGGCAAGGACAGCUGCGCUCACAUGGUCUCCUCCCUGCGGAAUGAUCAGAGGUGGCAAAGACAAGACAGAGGUUUACGUUUAUGAACUUCUUAUUUCUAACUGUGGAAAAGACGGAAAAUACACAUCUGUUUAUAUAGGUGAAAAAACUCAUUUCACCAUAAAUGAUCUUAGGCCAGCGACGGAUUAUCACGCAAGAGUCCUAGCAAAAUGCAACUGCAUAAAAGGAAGCCCAUCUGAGGCAGAAAGUUUUACAACGAUGAGUUGUGAACCUGAUACUCCAGAUUCCCCAAGGAUAAUUCAUCGGACUAAAAAUUCUCUUACUUUACAGUGGACGGCGCCUUGUGUCAACGGUUCUAAAAUAAACAACUACCUUUUAGAAUGGGACAAGGGAAACGGAAAUGGAGAGUUUGAGCAGUGUUAUUAUGGUCAACAGAAGCAAUACAGGAUCACAAAGCUGGCCCCGGCCAUGGGAUUCACAUUUAGGCUAGCAGCCAAGAAUGACAUGGGCACGAGUGGCUUUAGUGAAGAAGUCCUAUAUCAUACCGCAGGAACUGCUCCAGCCACCCCAUCAAGUCCUGUCCUGCUUGAAGCUGGAGUUACCUGGCUGUCCCUGCAGUGGGCUAGACCCUCAGGAAUGCCAGCGGAUGAAGAGCUCACUUACAUUUUGGAAAUGGAAGAUGAAAACUUGGGACAAGGUUUCGAGCCGAAAUACAGAGGUGAUGAACUAGCUUAUACAGUGAAGAAUCUUAAAAGAAGUAAAAAGUAUAAAUUUAGGGUAAUUGCCUACAACUCAGAAGGUAAAAGCAAUCCAAGUGAUGUUGCCAUCUUCACUACUUGGCCAGAUAAACCUGGAGCACCUUUGAAACCAACUAUCAAGGGGAAAAUUCAUGCACGAAGCAUGGAAAUAUGUUGGGAGCCACCAACAGACAAUGGAGGAGCAGCAAUCACUAAAUACAUUUUAGAAAUCUCUGAAGGCUUAAAUGGGAACCAAUGGGACAUGAUCUACAGCGGAGCUGCUACAGAACAUUCCUGUGGCCAUCUGAACCCAGGCUGCUUUUAUCGCUUACGGGUAUCCUGUGUUGGAGAAGGAGGACAAAGUGUGGCAUCUGACUCAUUAUUGGUGCAGACACCACCCAUGUUACCUGGUCCUUGUCAGCCUCCAAGGUUGCAGGGCAGACCAAGAUCAAGAGAGAUUGCAUUACGCUGGGGGCUUCCUCUUGCAGAUAAUGGAUCAUCGAUAAUCUCUUACAGUUUGGAAAUGUCUACAGGAACAGAUGAACCUCGGGAAGUUUACUGCGGCCCUGAUGAAGAAUGCACAGUCAACAACCUCCUCCCUGGAACAACGUAUAGCUUCCAACUGAGGGCUGCUAAUGCAGCUGGGUUUGGCCCCUAUUCGGAGAAGUGCCAACACACCACGGCCCCUGGCCCGCCAGACCAAUGCAGGCCCCCAGAGGUGACAUACAGAUCUGCAACAUGUGCGGUCAUAUUUUGGGAGGUUCCUGCUAGCAAUGGAGUGGACAUCACAGAAUAUCGGUUGCAGUGGGGAACUGCAGAAGGAGGCAUGCAUAUCUGCUACUGUGGGCCAGGACUCAGUUAUGAGAUAAAAGGCCUCUUGCCAGCAACUUUAUAUUAUGCCAAAGUUCAGGCUGUCAAUGCGGCAGGUGCAGGGCCUUUUAGCGAGGUGGCAGUCUGUUUGACUCCACGUUCUGUCCCUGCCAUGGUAACUUGCCUCCGAGAAGAUAAGGUGGAGAACCCCCUCUAUUCACCUUCUACCUGCCUUGCGAUCAGCUGGGAGAAGCCCUGUGACCAUGGAUCUGAAAUAACUGGCUACACCAUAGACUAUGGGGAAAAGCAGCCCAUCACUGUGGGGAAGGUGGCAAGCUGUAUCGUAGGCAACCUGCUGCCAGACACUACAUACAGAAUAAGAAUCCAAGCUUUGAACAGUCUUGGAGCGGGUCCUUUCAGCAACACAGUGAAACUGAAAACAAAGCCACUUCCUCCUGACCCACCUCGUCUAGAAUGUUCGGCGUACGGUUCUCAGACUCUCAGGCUGAAAUGGGGAGAGGGGAUCGUACGAGCACUUUCCGAUUCCACUCAGUACCACCUUCUAAUGGAUGAUAAGACUGGGAGGAUUACGUCCAUAUACAGGGGAUCCUGUCAUACGUACAAAGUAACAAGACUUAGUGAGUCCACAUCAUAUACGUUUUAUAUCCAGGCUUGCAAUGAGGCUGGAGAAGGUCCUCUUUCCCAAGGAUACGUUUUUUCCACUACCAAAUCUGUCCCAGCUGCCUUGAAACCACCAAAAAUUGAGAGAGUAAAUGAUCACACUUGCGAAAUAACAUGGGAGAUGCUACAGCCAAUGAAAGGAGAUCCUGUUGUUUACAGUCUUCAGGCUAUGAUGGGAAAGGACAGUGAAUUCAGACAGAUUUAUAAAGGUCCUGAUUGGUCAUUCCGUUAUUCAGGCCUCCAGAUGAACUGUGAAUCUCGUUUUCGGGUGUGUGCCAUUCGACAGUGCAGAGAUUCUGCGGGCAAUCGGGAUUUAAUUGGUCCCUACAGUGCCACAGUAUUAUUCAUUCCUCAAAAGACAGAAACAACAAUUGGCAAGGACACACAAUUGGAAACCACACAAUGGACACUUAGUGAUGAACAGUGUGCAACAGUCAUCCUUCUUCUCUUCGCUGUCUUUUCUGUUGUAGUUACCUUUAUAAUUCAGUACUUUGUAAUAAAAUGAGAAAGCUGUUCUGCUUUUCAUAGCUGUUUGUUAUGUUUCACAUUUAUCAUAAACUAAAAAAAGUUUUAAUUUGCUUUUUCAAAAUCUGGAUUUUAGCACAUGCUGUUAGGUAGAGGCAUGCACACUUACAACGUAAGCCAGUGGGGAGACUUUCUUGGCAAUAUGCUCCGUUUUUUUUUAAAAGAAGUGAAUGAAAUACACAUUUUGGAGCAGCAAACAUUGAUAUAACAAUAGCUACAUUUCAUGGAUAAGUUCCAGGAAGCAGAAUGGGGAGAGACUAUAAAGUAUGCGUCCAGGCUGCCUAAAAUGCACAUCUGAAGCAGUGAAAACGAUCUCCCACUGUACUUCUAAUACUUAUUGUGAUCUAACACAAUUAAACAGUCUUUCCUCAAGUAGUAAACAAUAAUUUGGAUGAGAUGUAACUGGAUAAAAUGAGUUUACUAAGGCGGCGCUUGAGAAGAGAUGACAAAUUUUGCCCUCAUACUAGCUGUGUUCCCCCACGUAGUGAUAUCUUUGUAGCUUCUCAGUAAUAAGAGGAGUCUACUUAUGUAGACAUGCAUCUCUUUGUAUAAACUGAGAUUUCUUAGAAAGACCACAGGGUCGGAGUAGGACAGCAACCUAUGAACCAGUUUGCAUAUUGCCAAUUGCCAGCUCUCAGAUUACGACUGCUUAGGCUGUCCCUAAAGCUCUGUAACAAGUGCCAAGAACAUUUAUUUGGCUUCUUAAAUAUAGUUAACAUACAUUUCAUUUUCAUAUAUUUGCUUAACAUUUCAGUUAUAAAACUAAUAAUGAACAGCAAUUUCAUAGAAUAACCUUCUCUUCUUGUAAUUAAGUACUUUCUGUUUCACAAACUAGUUCUUUAAACGCAUGACCUACGUUUGAGUAGAUCUGAUUGUUCAGCCGACCAAAUACGUGUUGACCAGCCAAAGGACCAAUCCUAGAAGAGCAUCACUUCUUGUUGUCCUUACUCUAUGGCCAUUUGCCAUUCACAUCAAAUUCUAGUGGUUAAGGGGUUCGGCUGCGAAUCAGCACUCUACUGGUUCGAAUCCCACUACUGCCAUGAGCUCAGUAAGUGGCCUUGGGUAAGCCCCUCCUCUCAGCCCCAGCUCCCCUGCUGUAUUGUGGGGAUAAUAAUAACACUCACUUGUUCACCACUCUGGGUGAGGCACUAAUCUGUCUAGAAGAGUGGUAUAUAAGUGCAUUUAUUAUUAUUAUUAAAUUUUUUAAAAUCCUAACUUUUACCAGAAAAUUUGCUGUUUCUUGAUUAAUGUUUAAUGUGAAGUCUUUUUUUGGAUAUAACAUCAAUUGUUGACUGGCUGUCAUUAUUAUUGCAUUCAAGAGUACUGGCAGCUAUAUAAUCCAUCCAAGUUUUGUGAGCUCGGUUAAGCAGCUAGCUCAGCUAUUAUGAAGUGUCCCCAUUGAAUAUGUUGUUGGAUAUCAGCACCAUACAUAUAAGGAACUCUCUUAAAAGCUGUCUCACCACACAGUCUAUGUGCUUUGUAACUUGCUUUUUGAAAUUUAUUUCUGAUAUGAGAGAAUGAUAAUUUUGUCAUAUUGUUAGAAUUUCAAGGACAUGAAGUAUUUCUCUUCUGUUCCAGGGGGUAUCUUGUACCUGUCCCUAUGUCCAAUUACAUGUGGUAUAGAUUAAUGCUAUAAGUUGGAAAGAAAAUGAAUGAAAUGAGUAGUCCAAAUGGUAAAGAUAUUUUUCCUAAUUUCUGAGCAUUAUUUUUAAUUUGUCAUUCCAAGAAAUUGUAGCUGCAUCCCACAAAGUGUCUGUUCGGCAGUGUGGAUGGCACUGCAUAGUGGUCCAGAAAUUUCUAUGUGAUUGCAUGUCUAAAAUUGCAAGCAUAGUAACUACAGAUAACCUUUAUUGUCUUAUUUUCCAGGAUAAAAUGUAAAUGAACUAUUUUUAUAGUAAACACAGAAUGAUGUAUUCAUCAGUAGAGGCUCACUUCAGGUUCUUGUGUUGUAAACAAAAUUUACUGUAACUUUAUUCUACUUCAGAUCUUACAUUCCAGAAACUCCUACAUUUUUAGAAUGUUACAUUGCCUAUACAUAUUGCCUCAAAAUUGUAUGACCUCAUAUAGGCAAAACUGUACAAUCACAAAGGACAUAUACAUAAAGUGGGUAGAGAAGACUCUUUAUAAUCUAUGGAUAAUAAAA